AUGGCCUACUCGAAUAAGGUGAACGAAUUGGUGGCCGCCGGGUCUAAGGCGUACUCGGAAAAGGACUACGACACCGCCAGUGACAAGUACGGUGACGCCUGUGCCGAGUUUCACGAAGAAUCUGGCAAGGAUGACCCCGAUCUCCUCUACCUUUACGGUAAAGCCCUUUACCAAGCGGCGGUAGCUUCGGCGGGGGUGUUUGGUGGCGAAGUCAAUAAUGCUGCCAAUGAAGAAGAAGACAACCAAGCCGAAGGCAAUGACGACAACGACGGUGCUUUCCAAUUGGAGGCGCCGAUGGCCGAUGGCGAAGAGGUCCCUGAUGCACCUGCUGCUGAAGAAGAAGAUGGCGACAAAGAUGAGGACAAAAAGGAAGAACAAGGCGAAGAACAAAGUGACAAUAACGACAAUGACACUCAAAUUGCCUCUGGAGGUAAUUCCCUCUUCGAAGAAGCGUGGGAUGUCCUUGAACUGGCAAGGGCCCUCUGGCAAGACCAAUACGACGAACACCCCGACAACAAGGAAGUGCUUGAAAAGCUUGCUGAAGUGUACGAUCUUUUGGGUGAAGUGGGUCUUGAAGCGGAGAACUUUGAACAACUGGCUAGCGACCUCAAGCAGAGUCUUGCCCUUCGCCAAAAGAUUUGUGGCGAUGACACGUCGAACAAGCUUUUGGUUGAGUCCAACUACAAGAUCGCUCUCAGUGAAGAGUAUUGUGGCAACCGUGAGCUGGCAAUCAAGUACCUCAACACUGCUAUUGAUCUUUUAACGAAACAAGACGCCGAUGGCGAUGAUGCCAAGGCUGACAAGGAAGCUCUUUUACUGGAUUUGCGGGAUAAGCUUGAAGAGAUCAAGCGUGAUCAAACCGACACUGAAGCCGAGCAAAUGGCUCAACUUAAGGGGCUCAUUGGCAGUGCUUUUGGUGCUACCCCAGAAGGACUGCUGUCGGCCACCACUAAACCCGCUCCCGCUGCGGUGAACGAUUUGACCUCUAUGGUGAAAAAGCGAAAAGCCCCCAAGGACGAUAAGUCGGCUAAACGCUCCAAGCCUAUUUCCAAGUAA